GUUGCGCGGUUACCACGUGACUAAGUGGGCGUAUUUAAGCUCCUGGCGCGAGAUCCACAGUAAAAAGAAAAGGCAGUUCAUCCGCGACGGUUGUCUUAUCAACGGUAUCUUGAGAGAGAAAAUGAGUUUCGGUGCAAAGCUUAAACACAGUCAACAGAUGUCUGAUGAAAAUAUAAAGAGCUUUUUCACACCAUCACAAAAGGCAAUGGGACCCCCCAGGCAAACCCUGCAAGUUCUCCAACCCUCAGCUAUCAACAAAGAUUUGGGAAGGUCAGCUCAGAUGGGUAAGGUCGUUCCCAAACGGAAACAAUGGAGCGCAGAACAAACUAGGGGUCCAAAGAGGGUGAAGGUAGAAGUUAAAGCCACACAAACAGAAGAAACUCAAUGUACGUCAGAUGGCAUGUCCAAUGAAGCUUAUGAACUUAUGGUCAAAGAAACUCCUCCUUCCACCUACUGGAAAGAGGUAGCCGAGGAGCGUCGGAAGGCCUUGUACAAUGUUCUACAGGAGAAUGAGAAGUUGCACAAGGACAUUGAGUCCAAAGACGAACGGAUAACAAAGCUCAAGUGUGAAAAUGAAGAGCUGCAUGAGCUGGCACAACACGUACAGUACAUGGCUGAUAUGAUUGAGAGACUGACUGGGAAGGGCCCAGACAAUCUGGAGCAACUGAGAGAAAUGGCCCUUGAUGUGGAUGAUGAUGAUGAUGACAGUGAAGUGGAAGAGCAGAGUGAGGAUGAGGACUCAGAUUACAGUCAGUGCAAUACGCAUGAAGAAGAGGCCUCAGAACAUGAAGAAGAGGCCUCAGACGAUGAAGUUGGACCCUCAGGAGAGCAAGAUUGACACAAAUCUGUCUGUCAUGGGACUUUGAUUUGCUUAAGCAGGUCAGCAGAUUUUGGCAGCAACAAGUGGCAUCCCUUUAAAUGGGCUUUUCAAAAUAAUUUAUGUACUUGUUUAUGGCCUGUAAUUUUAUAUUUUUAAACCUUGAACAGACGGGCUGGUUUCUUUUUGAAAUUAUUUUUGCUUUUGUCAGUUCAUCUUCAAGUAAAGAGGCCAUUAAAACUAAGCAUGUGUAAGACUUUGGCACAGCAGGCAUUUUGACAUGUCUAUGUAGGAGAACAGGCAUUGAUGACAAAAUUGUGGCUGAAUUUAUUUUUAGUCACUCCAGUUUAAGGGGCCUGGUAUUGUGCAUGCUGGCUCACUGUCAUGGUGUACUGCGACGCUCUUAUAGAUCAGAUUGAUGGUGGGAACAGGGCCCAGCAUCCUUGUCACCAGUCUGUACAGUGACUUGCAGCUUAGGUUUUUUUUAUUUUUAAAAUCUGAUUAUUUGAAGGCUAAACUAUCAGCCAGCUGCUUUCUUUAGUUUGCUUCCAGUUAACAGGAAAAUGACCCCUGUGCUUGCCUUGCUGUUAAAGGUCAAAGUGUGUGCUGUGAAAAGUCUUGAUGUUGCUAGAUUCACUGCCAGUUGUGGGCAAUGCUCUAGGCCACAAGUGUUUUGGUUUACACUGUAAAACUGUACUUAUGACAAUAUUAUGUACAUAAAGCAUCUGUAAAAUAAACACUUUUUAAAAAAAAUCUUACUUUGAAUUGUUAUGCAUAUGGGUCUGACUGUUCCUACCAUGCCCUUGAAGAGUAGUUGCUGUGCCUCCAGCAUGUAGAUUCUGAGCAGCACUCCUCCUGGGUCCUGUUCUUCAAAUAUAGCUUAAUGCCUCUGUAAUACUUCAAAUGUGAAGGGGGGUCAUUUGUAGUGAUGUGUCUGGGACUUGUUACCUGUAACUGCAUCUGGCCCUCAGUGCUUUAUUUUGGUUCACUCACCAUUCUGUCAUUUUGUUGACAGCAGGCAGCUGUAUUUAAAAGGUGUAAAGCACACUGUGCACUACCUGCUCAGCUCCAAAUGGCAGAUUCAGUUGGCAACUAACUGAACAUAGUUGAGCAUUUAGUUAGUUCAGGUUUAAAUGACCUGCUGACUGACCCUCAGUGAUCAAAGGUUAUUGGACAAGCAGUGGUGAAAACUCAACUACUGUACUGGAAUUAAACAAAUUGUACCUAAA